CUCAUCAUUAACUGAUUAUACGACAAAAUGGCCAGAACCAACAGCGUGCUUGCAGUUCUCAUCUUCUGCUUAAUGUUUCUCAAUGUAACCAUGGCUUGGUCUUGCUACUGUGUCGACUGUGGAGCUUCCAAGUGUGUUCGUCGUGAGGAAGUCACUCGCACUGUAUUUAAGAAGGGUUCAAAGCACUGGCGUCAGGGCUACAAGAAUGGUGAAUACCAUGUAUGGGCCGUUGAAACCGGCGAGAAGAGCUGGUUCUACGACUUGUGCGAUAGAAACGGGGCUCAAGGUGGCACUUGCUUUUAAAAGGGAGUCAAGCAUUUGGCUGAAGGAAUAAAAGGAAGC